GGAACCUUGUCAGAAUGCAACUCGUGAUGUUAAUACAGCUGCGCAGUUUUCUCUCCUAUCAUGUUUUACAUUACUCGUAGAACACAACGAAAUUUCUUUGUAAAUUUUGAAUAUGGUUCGUUUCAAGAUGUAUAACAUACAUUUCUUUCAGUUGAUUUUACUACUUAUGUUUGAUAGUGUUAAUGGUAACAUGGAAUGUGAUUGUAACACUAUAGCUGCUGUACAGGAAGUAAUGCAAAAAGAGUUAUUUCAAAUCAAAGUUGAAAACUCUAAAAUGGCAUCACGCCUGCGAAGGUUGGAAGCAUCGAGCAAAAAUUCUAAGACGAUGAAUCACCAACAUUCAGAAACAGUUUCCGACAUGACAAAAGACCAAAAUCCCAGUCAUGACAAAACACAAAAUGAUAUCAAAAGAAUAGAGACAAUCGAAUCAACACUGGCCAGAAUAGUACCACAGUUUGAAUCAUAUAUACAAAACAAGACGGAUGAUAUAAAACAUGGACAACGCAUAGACAAGAUUGAAUCUAAACUCGCUUUAGUUUCAAACAAAACCGAAAAUCUCCUUGACAUGAACGAUGGACGUGAAAACGCGAGGGUACAGUUACAUAGAACUAUCAAAAAGGCAUUCCAAGGAGAAAAAAUAAAAAGAUUGAAUAUGGAACUUGAAAUGAAUGAAAAGAUAAAGAAUAUUGAAGACUACUGUGUAAACUUAACAAUCACAUCUGGACAACUUAUCGACGAGUUCAAAAAAGAAGUUGCUAUUGAAAACAAAAAAUUUACAGCCGAAUUGAACCAACAAGUAAUAAAUAUUAAUAACACCAUGGAUUACCAUAACAUUGGCGUGGAGUCAAGCUUUGAUGAUAUAGAAAAUGAAUUUUCUAAGAUAAGGAAAACGAUAUCAAAUCUGGAGGAUAUAACACUAAAGGACGAGACAGACGGAGGGUGGAGUAGUUGGGGAAGUUUUGGCCCGUGCAGUGACACGUGUGGUAGAGGAGUAACGAUAAGGUCUAGAACGUGCACACAGCCCAAGCCAUCUCUCAAAGGACAGCAUUGUGAAGGCUCCCCUUUACAAAUAGCAGUCUGUAACAGGAACACAUGUCCAGACCAGAGAGUAUUCUUUACAGCAUCUGGUUUAAAUGGAAAUAGCAUUGCUAAAUUUCCGGAAAUAAUUCAACUCUAUAACAGCGCAUAUCACACAUUUACUGGAAAAUUUACAUGCAGGUAUCCCGGAAUAUACAUGUUCUCUUUUCAUAUUGCAAAAGGACAUUCAAGUACAGAUGUAAUGCAAUGUCAAAUUUAUUUGAAUAAUUUACGUACAGUAGGGUCUAGAGGGUAUCCGCAUGGGGAUAAAAAAGAUGGUUAUGCUAUUAGUGUGUCCGGAACGUUUCAUUUAAAAACAAAUGAUGAGGUUUAUGUCGGUGGUUGUGUUGGAAUCGAUGAAGCUUAUAACGAUUACGAUUCCUUAUUUACUGGGGUACACAUAGUUCCAGAUAAUAUCUAAAAAUAUUAUUACUUCACUAUGAUAA